AUGUCUCAAACUCCCCUCGCCGCUCCCGCCGAGAUUCUUGCCCCGGCAACCCCAGCCAGACGGGCCACUCUUUCUCCAUCGCCAGAUCUCAGUGCCCCCAUCAUCAAGGUCCGAUCUUCCCACUCAGACAAGAAGUUCACGUCUCCACCACCUCUUUCAUCAUCCGACAUGACCCCGCCACCCUCUACCCAGAUCCCCGGCGCUCCUCUGCGCCGCUCUCAUUCUCGCUCUAUCAGUCCAUCUCUCAUCACUCCAGUUGACCUGGAGAAGUCCUUGUGCGACGCCUAUGGCGCGUCUGAGAAUCUUCCAUCCGCUGAAGAUAUUGACAAUGCCAACGAGGCUCAACUACGUACGAUCGCCAAGGAACUCCUCGCUAAAGCCCAAGAGGCCCGCAUGAAUGCUUUACAUUUCAAGCUACAGAAUAGUCUGGCCUCUUUCGCCAGCAAUAACGCGAUCGAGCGUGCUGAGGUGGAACAGAAGCUCGCCAAGCGUGAAGUUGAGAUCCUCCAGAGCGAUGAAUAUCGCAACCGCACACGCCCGGCGGAUCCCCUCACCCCCAGACCCUCCCAGUCUGUCUCCACAGAUGAUUAUCUUGCUGCCCUCCAGCGAUCACAGGAGCUGGAAGGUGCCAACACUCUUCUGGACCGCCGCCUUCGGAAUGCCAAGCGGGCUAUCGACGAUGCCACCACAAGAUCAGUGGAGUUGGGCGAGCAGAAUGAGAUGCUAAAACGCCGCAUUGAAGACAACCGUCGACACUUCUCCCAAAUCUACAACUACGGUUGUCUUUCCCCGGGCAUGCAGAGCGAGAUGCAGACCAUCUGCCGUGGAGAAGCCACCGACGGGCUGGCAGCCCUUCUCUUCGCGGACAAAUUCACGAACCGUCUGCAUGAACCUCACAACACUUAUGGCGCUCCCUCGUCUGUUCCCAUGACUCCGCAGCAAGCGCGCUCUGCUCGCCAGAGCAGCCACUACAUGACCCCCGCCCAGGGAUCGCAAGGACAACAGCAGUACGAUAGCGACAGCACUGUUUCUCUGUCGGGCCCCGAGUCUGAAGAAGAGGGCAUGACUACCCGACACUCGCACAUGCGCUCCACCGCCCCAAAGACCAGCUCAUUGCUGCAGACCAAGCUGUUUGGCCAGGUCAAGAAACCUGGCGUGGAACGUGGCCAAUCCAACAAGCGCAAGGCUACUUCGAGCCAGGCUGGGUCUGCGAAGAGAUCCAGGACGAAUGGCGGAGUGGGUCUCGGAAUUGAAACCUAA